UAGGAUACAUUACUGCAUCUGUGGUUGAAAGUGAAUGAGAUCGAGAGUGAACGUAGAAUCGUUCGUUCACCUUCACUCCACAGUUCACUCAGUCAGUGAGUUGUGCGCGCCUGUGACCCUCGUGCGCGGAUACAAAUACAAAAAUGCUGUACCCUCUGCUCUUCCUCGCGACCCUGGCGCUGUGCAGCGGCGAUGUGUCACACUUGCUUGAACAUGAACAUGAGCCGAGCACCGAACCCCCACCACCCAGGCCGUAUGCCUUCGCGUACACUGCUGGCAGGUUCCCAGGACAUACAGACAGACAUCAUGCUGAAGUUAGUGAUGGCAGUGGAGUUGUCAGAGGAACCUUCUCUUACGUAGAUCCUCGCAACAAAAUCCGCAAAGUAGACUACGUGGCCGACAAGGAGGGCUUCCACCCCAUCCUGAACGACGCUCCACCAGAUCUGCCUGCAGACUCCGCCUCGGUGGCCCAAGCCAAGGACCGCCACUACCAGCUGUAUGCGAAGAUCGCUGAGGAGCAUGCCACAUACCCUCAUCCUGCUGUGGCCGAAUCAGCGUCCCCCCGCCAAUCAGCAGCCGUGGUCGCCGCCACGCUAAAGCACGCCGAACUGUUCCGAGUGAUCGCUGAGCAGCACGCAAGGAUUGCCGCCGAACGGGAAGCGCUUCAGAAAGAGGAGGAGCUGCAAGAGCUAGACAUAGCUGGACAUUAGAUAAGGAUAGCUAUAUUAAGAGUUUUAAGGAACUAUUAACUCAGCCGAUCGAUCAUAGGGCCUCUUCCGAGGAACAACGAACGCUACACUUAUCCAACGGUUCCUCAAUAUUGUUCCCAAAAAGCGUGACUUUUCUGCCUAAGGACCUACGGCCCGAUUCGAACUUUAAGAUAUGUCAAAUAUUCUAUAAAUUGUCAAUACAGAUGUCAAUCACAAUGAAAAAAAUUACGAUGAUCAACUCUUGCCAUCGUGGGACUCGAACCCACAUCCUUGGAUUGCCGGUCCAAUGCGUUACCAGUUCCGCCAGCUGACCAUCACCGUCAAUCAAACGAAUUUAGCCAUUCCUACUGUGACAAAGUCACUAGCAACAUCUGUAUUCUGAGGUUCAAUUCAACCUUGAUCACCUCUCACGUCACAUAACGUCAAAUAUACGAUACGAUACGGACGAUAUAUAUACGAUAUGGAUUAGAUAUGUCAGUGACAAAACGUUUUUGUUUGAAGGAACGUCAUUGUUGACACUCAUAUCUAAUGCACAUAUUAUCGUAUCUAGCCGUAAUAUUUAAUGUACCUAUCUUAAAGUUCUAAUUGGGCCGCUACAGUUUGCGGUUAAUCCUAAAGAUUCUCAAGAACCUUUGACCUGUGCAUAUAAUAUCAUCAGCCGAUAACUAUGGUCGUUAGGAUAUCUUUACAAAAGCAUCUGGAGCCAUAGACAAUCAUUUAUUGACAAACGCCAAACGAAAAGUCAGAAAGGUAACGAAUGGAAACGAAUGAUCAUUUCCAUACUUACAUAUCAAUUUCGUUUAGCGGUUUCUAUUAACGAUUGUUCGGCAUGACAGGUGCGAAAGAAAAGUAACGUUAUCUGCUGCCGUUAUCUACUUUUCGACUGGCGUUAUCGAUUGUCACUUCGGCUACUACUUUUGACUCUCCUAAGAUAUAGACAAACUUGGAAUUACAAUUACAAUGUUGUGGUAGGUGUUAGGGGUGCCCAAGAGGGGAUUUUUGUAGUUACUCGAGUAAUGCGGCAACAGCAGAUUAAGAAAAUGCUAACAUAUAAUUGUCAGAUUAAGCAUUAGCACAAUUAUAGCAUCAUCGUGUAUCAAACUAACCAAAUCCAAAAUCAAAUUAACGAUUUUUUUUACUGCCCACCAACUCCCAACUCGCAACCAACCAACACACCACCAUAGACUGCUAAAAGUAGUUAAUGUAGACUACGGGUCAGUCAUAUUUUAAUCUGACACGCUCGUGUAACUACUAAAAUCCGUCCUUGGGAUCCCCUAACAUUGGUUCUUUUUUAAAGUGAUAUGGAUAGUGAUGUGCCUGUCGUGUCCAACUGCUAAUAGAAAAAGGCCUUCAUAAAUUAUAGUUAGAAAUAAUUUUACAUUGAACCCAGUGAAAUACUCUUAACAUUGCCAAAUCAAUAUAUGUAGAUUAUGUUAGAAGACUAGUUUAUUUUUGUAUCUUUUGUAAGUUCUUAUCUCGUUAUGGUACGACAUACUUACUUGCCAAAAUCAUAACGAGCGGUUAAUGAGAAAACUCUGUCUUAUAUCAAAGCAAAGAAGUCAAAACUUAAUUUCUUUGAUUUAACACAUAUAUCUUCAUUACCCGAGGAGAUACGAGCUUGGCAGAAAAUUAUUAAUAUGAGAUUAUUGGAUAUUUUUCUAUUUUUAUACGACAUUGCCAUAUGAAAUGUGAAUAUGUAAAGGUAUGUAAAUAAAAGCGAUAGUGAUGA